AUGCGUGCUGCUGACAGCGCUGAAUGGAUGAUAGAAGCCUCAUGCCGAGUGUUUCUUUCUGCAGUAAGAUGCAUGAUGUAUGGAUUCGGGGAUGACCAGAACCCUUACACAGAAUCGGUGGACAUUCUUGAGGACCUGGUUAUAGAGUUUAUCACAGAAAUGACACACAAGGCCAUGUCAAUUGGACGGCAGGGUCGUGUACAGGUUGAGGACAUUGUCUUUCUAAUCCGCAAGGACCCCCGGAAGUUUGCCAGAGUUAAAGACCUCCUGACCAUGAAUGAAGAACUGAAACGAGCCAGAAAGGCCUUUGAUGAAGCAAACUAUGGAUCUUGA